ACUCUUCUACCACUUCCAUUUCCCAACGGCUCCAGAAAACCUCAAGAGGAUGUUCGCCAAGUGUGCAGUUUAUCUUUUGACGGUUGGUCUGGUUUUAUCGGCUCCCUCCGAUUCAUACGGUCCAGCCAAACAUCAGCAAACAUACAAGGAGGAGCCCACGCCUUAUAAGUACAAUUAUAAUAUUAACGAUAAAUAUGCUGGUACAGACUUCGGACACAACGAAGAAUCGGACGGCCACACGGUCAAAGGAUCAUACACAGUCCAGCUCCCGGACGGUCGCAAGCAAACUGUAAAUUAUAUAGCCGAUCAUUAUCAAGGAUACCAAGCUGAAGUCACCUAUUAUGGUGAGGCCCAAUACCCACACGAAUAUGGACCUGCAGUCACCUUCAAGCCACAGAGCUACCAUGAGCCUGCUUACAAACCUGAGCCAUCCUACCAGCCUGAGCCAUCCUACAGUCCUGAACCAUCCUACCAGCCUGAGCCAUCCUACAGUCCUGAACCAUCCUACCAGCCUGAGCCAUCCUACAGUCCUGAACCAGCCAACCAGCCUGCACCUUCUUAUGCUCCUGAACCAACCUACCAACCUGCGGCACCGUCUUACGCUCCAGAACCAUCUUACCAAUGAUUAUAAUUCCAUCGAAUAUGCCAUAUAUGUAAAUAAUGUUCCUAUAUGCGAAUUUACACACAAAAAAUUGUUUUCUUAA